AUGUCUCUUGAUGAAGAGCCGGCAGUUUCGCAGAGCGCCAGUGCAUCACCUUCCGAGUUUGAGGUCUUGGUCAACAAUCCAGAGCAGAUCAGCUCGUACACCCACUUGAUCUUGGAUGAGGUCCAUGAACGGGACGUGGACUCGGACCUCCUCUCCUUGGUGGUCAAGCUGCAGAUGUCCGGCUAUGGCUUCAAGCUCGUCAUCAUGUCUGCGACAUUGCAGGGAGACCUCUUCACCAGAUACUUCUCUGAGAAGAAGAUCAAGACGAUCUUCGUCGGCGUGAAGAGGUAUCCAGUUGAGGUUGUCCACAUCGAGCAGCUCUUGGACAGAUUCGGUGGAAGGUCGGGCGACUUCAUGAUGAAGUCUGAAGGAACGCGAGGCUACCAGGCUGGGUAG